AUGCAAACUCUGUCCGAUGGUGAGAGCACAAGUGCAGAUGAACAACUUUUCGAAUAUAUGAAGAGAAUUGGACCUGGGAAGAAAAACAUUAUAAAAGAAGCUUUCAGAUUGCAUUCUGAAAUCAAACUUGCAAUACAACCAUCUGGUCCUGAUUCAGAAGUCACAAUUGAGAAGUUAACGGAAAUCUGUGAAAUAAUUGAUUGGAAUCUUUUAUUUGAGAGUGUAUUCAAUGAAAUCAAGUAUGAUUCAUACAAGAAUAUGAAAAUUAUUGUCUAUAAUCAAGAUUCGUUGAAGAGAGUUUGUGAUAAACACACAGAGUUUAUGAGAACAGAAAAAGGAAGAAAGUAA